AUGACGGCUCUGCCCAUCGAAACCUACAACAUGAUCGAUCAAAUAAGCUGCCCGGAAUGUACCACGGUGUGUCUUCAGAAGAACAUUUAUCGUCAUAUGUCGGGAAUUCAUCAGUGGACGCGUGACGAUUGCAAAGUUCUCAUCAAUGCGAUUCGUACGGAGAAGAAGAACCAAGAGACGAAGGCCUCCUUCCUCUGUUCCUAUUGCAAUGCAGUGUUUCGGACCGUAAGGCAUCUGGUGCAGCAUAAAAGAGUGAGUUUUGAAGACAUCUGAAAAUGAAACCUUAAGAUGUUCUUGUUUCUUUCCAGAUAUGUUCUUCGCAACCUGCAGUUUUGGAGAAUCACGAAGAAGAAGAAGACGGCGAUGAAGUUGAUUAUAUGGAAGAGAUGAUUGUGGAGCAAGAGGAAGAGGUGAUCGGAAUAGACGAGUACGUGAAAGUGGAAGAAGAACACGAGAAGCCCUCCACGUCUUCCUACGACAGUGCAGUUCCUCCACAUCGCCAAACACCGCGUGGAAUUCCACCUCAUCACGCACCGCCCAAUAAAAUGAUGCCGCCAAUGGAGAAAUUAAAGUUUCCGGUGCCAGCUUCUCGUCAUCGUGGAAGCCAGACGAAGUGUCCCGAGUGCACGGUUACUGUAGAAUCGAUAGAGGAACUUAUGGUGCAUUGUCGGGACAAGCACGAGUCGGAAGAUCGGAAAUUCUGUGUAGAACGGCAACUGUUUGAAGCUCGUGAUGAAUUCAGAAAAUGGUUUGAUCAACGACAAGAGGAUACGUGCACAUCCCUCACAAAACGCACCGGGCACGGCGGAGAGACGUUCUAUCGAUGUCAUCGAGUCGGAAAGUACCAAAGUGUUGCGAAGGCUAGAAAGUCGAAUCCGAGAAAGAUUGAUCAGACUUGCACCGCCUAUUUAAAAGUUUUUGUUCAAGAAGACGGAUCCGUGUGGGCCAAUGGCUGUUUCACUCAUAUUGGGCACGAACUGGACCACAAGCUGCUGUGGCUCACCGAAACCCAAGAGAAUUACGUGCGAGAGCUCAUCGACCUCAACUGGACUUCCGAUCAAAUAUUUUUCUACAUUCGCGACGAAUAUAAAAACUACGAAUGCAAAUUGAAAUACAUCUCCAAGAACGAUAUUAGGUUAUAUUUUCGUUGAAGGUGUUUCUCUGAACUGUUUCUCAUUUUGCAGAAAUAUCACAGUCCGAUACAAUCGAGAAAAAACAAGAAGACAUGGAGUUGAUAACGGAUCGAAGAAAAACGCGAAAAAUAUCGACGAAGAGAUUAUCGAAAAAGAAAUGCAAAUCCAAAAGUAUGAAGAAAUCAAAGAGGGCAUCGUCACAUUUCCCGAGGAAUCCGAUGACGAGACCAAGACAAAAAGUAGGUUAUUAAGGAUCACCUCAAAAAGUUUCGAAUUACAGGGCCUCGCAUCUCAUCGUCUUCUCCCCCUUCGUCACAGGAAAAACCCGAAAACUUGCUUCCGGCCCAACCGAAUACGGAAGAUGAGAACGAGUAUAUAAAUGUGGUGGACGAUGAACCGUGUCCCAUACUGGAAAAGAUUCCAGUCUAA